AUGUGCGGUGCCCGGUGCUGUGCACCUGUGUGUGCACGACGCCCGUCUGUGCGGCGCCCGGCCGUGUGCGGUACCCGUGCACGUGCAGCGUCCGUGCGCGCGCGGUGCCCGCCCGUGUGCAGCGCACCCCGCGUGAAGCGGCUGCGUGCACUGCACCACCCUGCGCUGUGCCCGCAGGACGACUACAUCCGGAGCUGGGAGGACGGGCAGCCCCCGGAUGAAGGAGAGGACAGCACCAAGGACCCGUGCCAGAAGGUGAAGUGCAGCCGGCACAAGGUGUGCGUGCCGCAGGGCCCGCAGCGCGCCGUCUGCGUCAGCCGCAAGAAGCUGGAGCACAGGAUCAAACAGCACGGGGGCUGCAGGCCGUGCCACGCCGCCCGCCCGGCGCCCGUCUGCGGCUCCGACGGACACACGUACAGCUCUGCGUGCAAGUUGGAGCAGCAGGCGUGCCUGGCCGGCAAGCAGCUGACGGCGCGCUGCGAUGGGCACUGCCCCUGCCCCACCCCCGGCAGCACGCAGGAGCCAUGCACUGGGCAGGACCUGGCCGACCUGGGGGAGCGGUUGCGGGACUGGUUCCAGCUGCUGCGUGAGAAUGCCAAGCAUAACGCCUCCGGAGGGACCCCCGGCACCACGCUGGCGGCCGGCUGCAAGGAGGCGGUGGGGUGGAUGUUUGGGCGCUUGGACACCAGUGGGGACCGCGUCCUGGAGCAGCCCGAGCUGGCUGCCAUCAACCUGGACAAGUAUGAGGCGUGCAUCCGCGCCUUCUUCAACUCCUGCGACACCUCCCGUGAUGGGCGCGUCACUGCCACCGAGUGGUGCCUCUGCUUCUGGAGAGAAAAGCCGCCGUGCCUGCGGGAGCUGGAGCGGCUGCAGAUGCAGGAGGCAGCCAAGGCGCAGCCCGGCACCUUCGUGCCCAGCUGCGAUGAGGAUGGCUACUACCGGCGGGCUCAGUGUGAGCCAGGAGGUGCGCAGUGUUGGUGCGUGGAUCCACAGCACGGCACUGAGCUGAGUGGCACCCGCUCCCAUGGUCAUCCCGACUGCGAGGACGCAGCUGGGUUUUCAGGAGACUUCGGCAGCGGCGUGGGCUGGGAGGAUGAGGAGGAGAAGGAGCCUGAAGAAGCAACCGAGGAAGCUGAGGAGGAGGAGGCCGAGGCGGGUGAAGGAGAUGAUGGUGGCUACAUCUGGUAG